AAAUGGCCGCCAAGCAUGCACUGAGUUUGAAAAUUUUGUCGGAGUGUCCUACGAGUAAAGCUCGGGUUUGCAAGCUCGUCUUGCCGCACCACACGGUGGACACGCCCGUGUUCAUGCCCGUCGGUACUCAGGGCACGCUGAAAGGCAUGCUACCGGCGCAGCUGGAAGAACUGGACUGUCAGAUCAUCCUGGGAAACACCUACCAUCUCGGCAUGAGACCGGGAUCAGAGCUGCUGGACAAGGCUGACGGCCUGCACAACUUCAUGAACUGGAAGAGGGCGCUUCUAACAGACAGUGGGGGAUUCCAAAUGGUUUCUUUACUCAAGCUUGCGGAAAUCACGGAGGAGGGAGUGAAGUUCCAGUCUCCUCACGAUGGACGUGAGAUGUUACUAACUCCGGAACACUCCAUGGCGAUCCAGAACUCCAUCGGCGCUGAUAUCAUGAUGCAGCUGGACGAUGUUGUCCACAGUACGACCAAGGGUCCCAGGGUGGAGGAAGCCAUGUACAGAUCCAUCCGUUGGCUGGACAGAUGUAUGAAGGCCCACAAGAGGACAGACUGUCAGAACCUGUUUGGUAUUGUACAGGGAGGGCUGGACCCAGAACUCAGGAAAAUCUGUGUGCAAGAAAUGACCAAGAGGGACCUGCCAGGGUUUGCUAUAGGUGGUUUGAGUGGUGGGGAGGAGAAGGCCCACUUCUGGAGAAUGGUCCACCUUUCUACUGACUACCUACCUAAGAACAAGCCUAGAUACCUCAUGGGGGUUGGCUAUGCAGUUGACCUGGUGGUGUGUUCAGCCCUGGGCUGUGACAUGUACGACUGUGUCUUCCCCACAAGAACUGCGAGGUUUGGUUCAGCUCUAGUUCCCACAGGGCAGCUGCAGCUGAAGAACAAGCAGUAUGCUCGAGACUUCCGUCCAAUCGAUGAGGACUGCAGGUGUUCCACCUGCGCCAGAUACGCCCGGGCCUACCUACAUUCCAUCGCUACUCAGGAAACUGUGGCCUGCCACCUAGUGACUGUACACAAUAUUGCAUAUCAGAUGAACUUGAUGCGGACUUUACGACAGAGCAUUCUGGAGGGUCAUUUCCCCCAGUUUGUACAGGACUUUAUGGACACAAUGUACCCAAGCAAAGACUACCCAGAGUGGGUGGUGGAGGCUCUAUCAGCCGUCAACAUCCAUCUACAGAAAGGUCAACCUCAAGUGGACAUCACUUUAGAAAAGAACAUUAAUAGUUAACUAAUAUUUCCACAUUAAUAAAUAUAUUUCACAUCAUGUUUCUUAUACACUAACCUAAUCACUUCUCAAAAUCCACUGUCUGAAAGUAAUUUAUUUUGACAUGAAAGGUGACGAUGAACAUAAAUAAAACUGACCAUUUUACGGAACUUACAUGCACUUACAUUUUACAUACAAGCUUUACUGUGCAAAAUGUCUUGAGGUUUAAUAUGACCAGAAUGGUGCAAUAAAAUCUUGUAAUCAAACUUUCUCCUGGUAAACUUGAACCUGAUAGUCUGAAAGUUUUUUUUCAAAGGAAUGUCAGUGGUAACCACGGUGGUAACCAGUGCUCAGGUCACCGUUUGGCUGCUGUACUUCUGCAGAACAGCCUUGAGCUGGAGCAGGUUGGCGUCUGUUCUGAUCGCGAUGGGAU